AUGGUGCAGAAAAAUGUAACCUGCUGGAGGGGCUUUGUCUUUCUGGGCUUCUCCAGCUUUGGAGAGGUGCAACUCCUGCUUUUUGCCUUGUUCCUGUCUCUGUAUCUCAUUACACUGACCAGCAAUGUCUUCAUUAUUGUAGUCAUAAGGCUGGAUAGUCAUCUACACACUCCCAUGUACCUUUUCCUUUCCUUCCUGUCCUUCUCUGAAACCUGCUACACUUUGGGUAUCAUCCCUAAGAUGCUCUGCGGCCUGGCUGUGGGAAGCCAGGCCAUCUCCUAUGCAGGCUGCGCUGCCCAGAUGUUCUUCUCUGCCUCGUGGGCCUGUACCAACUGCUUCCUUCUGGCUGUUAUGGGCUUUGACAGAUAUGUGGCCAUCUGUGCCCCGCUGCACUAUGCCAGCUUCAUGAAUCCCACCCUCUGUUGUCAACUAGUCAUUGCCUCCUUUCUGAGCGGAUACCUCUUUGGCCUGGGAAUGACACUGGUGAUUUUCUGCCUCUCCUUCUGCAGCUCCCAUGAGAUCCAACACUUUUUCUGUGACACACCUCCUGUCCUGAGCCUCGCCUGUGGGGACACAGCACUGAGUGAGCUGGGGAUCCUCAUCCUCAGCUUGGUGGUCCUCUUGGUCUCCUUCAUCUUCAUCACCAUCUCCUACACUUACAUCCUGGCAAAUAUCCUGAGGAUCCCCUCUGCCAAGGGCCGGAAGAAGGCUUUUUCCACCUGUGCCUCACACUUCACAGUGGUCAUUAUUCACUAUGGCUGUGCCUCUUUCAUUUACUUGAGGCCCAAAGCUAGCUACUCUCCUGAAAGGGAUCAGCUUAUUGCUGUCACCUAUACUGUGGUGACCCCUCUCCUCAAUCCCAUUGUUUAUUGUCUAAGAAAUCAGGCUGUGCAGACCGCUCUGAAAAAUGCUUUCCAAGGGAGCUUACUGGGUAAGGGGUGA